AUGUGUGUUGUUCUGGGUUGGGUUGUCUCAGUGAACGAAGAGGACUUGCCCAGUGAUGAAAAACUACCUAUCGUCUCCAACCACAUUUCUCUUUUUGAUCAUCUGAUCAUUUAUCUUACAUCGGAUUGCGUCACACUGGAAAUCCCGAUCAAUUGGGUUUCGGAACUUGUAUGGCAAUUGUUCACUCCGUUCACCCACUAUACGGUGACCUACUUGGAGCCCAUGAGCCGGUUGGCUGAUGAGAAUGGUGCUGAAUUUGCAGAACGUGUUCGGAAUGCAAUAGCUCAUCAACUGGGUAUACCGACCAGUCCAAUGACAGAGACAAGUGAGCAACCCGAGGUGAGAGUCUAUUGA